CAACUGCGGCCUACCAAGAUUUGAUACAGAUAUUGCUUCAUCCUAAAUUUGAAAAAAGCCAUUUACCUACUAAUUUACAAAGUCUUAAGAGGCAAUGCGAACAACUGCCAUUAAUGAAGAUUCAAAGUCACAUGGUUCCAAUAAAUAUUAGAAAUACACCAUCAACUACUAAAGAUUCAACUCGUGUUUACUUCUUUUCUUUAAUUGAACAUCUCAAACGAAUAUUAAAGAAUCCAUCUCUUAGCUCUCAAUU